GGGAAGGGGCCGGGUGGCUGGCUUGGCCGCGGCGGCCCGAGCCCUGGAAGCGCUAUGGCGCCGGGGACCGCAGCAGCGCCUGGGGCUGCCCCGGCGGUGGCGGCGGCCGGGGCAUGAAUCGGGGCCGCGCUGGAGGCCGCCGCCGCGCUCUGACCGCCGCGCUCCCUUGGCUCCCGCAGGCAGGAGGCACAAGAUGUCCAAGCCCAAGGAAGGCAGAGGCGACGGCCAGGCGGAAGCGGCCGCCGCCGAGAGCAACGAGAAGCGGCCCGCGGGCCGGCCCAGGAUGAACGGGGAGAACAUAUUUUCUUGUCAAUCCAAAAUACAUACCUUCAUGAGUCCCAACAAGUCUCCCACUAUUCGACCUCCGCUUCAAGAAGAAAACUCCACGACGCAUCAUGAGGCAAAAUGCCCAGGCAAAACUGUGAAUGAAAACUACGGAAAGGGAGAGGCAGACAGAAUCAGUAUUGGCAAUGCAGUAGAAGGGGCAGUGAAAUCUGAAGUCCAGAAUGACAAAGAAAGUGGGGGUGAAUCUCCAGGGUCCUUCUCCAACCAAAAACCAGAAGCCACAGAAACCCCGAAGCACCUGCCGGCCGAGUCCACAGUCGCAGCGAAUGCAAAACCAACACAGAAGAAGGGAACGAAAACAAAAUCGGGUCCUAAGAGAAAAGUUCAAGGGAAGACACAACCCAAUCGAAAGGUGACAGAUUAUUAUCCUGUUAGAAGAAGUUCUCGGAAGAGCAAGAAAGAAUUACAGAUAGAGGAGAAGAAACGAAUUGAUGAGUUAAUAGAAAGUGGGAAAGAAGAAGGCAUGAAGAUUGACUUCAUUGACGGCAAAGGGCGAGGAGUCAUUGCAACCAGACAUUUUAACCGGGGAGAGUUUGUGGUUGAGUAUCAUGGGGAUCUCAUAGAGAUCACAGAUGCCAAGAAACGAGAAGCGCUGUACGCUCAAGACCCAUCCACUGGCUGCUACAUGUACUACUUUCAGUACCUAAGCAAAACAUACUGCGUCGAUGCUACGAAAGAGACCAGUCGCCUCGGAAGGCUGAUCAAUCACAGCAAAUGCGGGAACUGUCAGACCAAGCUCCAUGACAUCGACGGCGUCCCACACCUCAUCCUGGUCGCUUUGCGCGACAUCGAGGCUGGCGAAGAACUCUUGUACGAUUAUGGAGACAGAAGCCGAGCUUCCAUUGAGGCUCACCCGUGGCUGAAACACUAGCGUAUCUCACUCUGGAAGGAACCGUUUUUCCCCAAGGGGACUUGAUCGGCUUUGUUUACAGCACUCAUUGCAGAACCGCUUCCGAAGUCUACUCCAUAAUUAUUUAAAAUGACUCUCACAAGGUUUCUUCACCCACUGCUCCGCUCCCAGGCAGGGUUGAAAUAGGCUUCCGGAUGCUUCCCGGAUUUCACUCCCCCUCCUCCCCCAAUCUUUUUACAUAUAGAUAGAAAAUCACUGUUUACUGGUUGAGGCUGUUGGGAUUAAUAUUGAAUUUUGUAGCGGGAAUGCAGCGUUUGGGGUUGGACCACACUUCUGCUUAGACGAGGAGAGAAUGUCAUUAAAAUGAAUGCACACCGUAUGGCAAACAGGGACAAUCCCCGCUGACUGCCUGAAAAUGGGUUUCUGUUUCCUUCAUGUCCAGGCAUACAAUACUUAGCUGGACUGACACCACCACAGAAUUCUGCUGUCCUGUUUACAGCCUCUGAAAAGGUGCCCCUUUUUGGUAUAGCAGGCCAUGGAAAAAAGGGGUGAAAUGUCCGUCCGGCUUGCUGCUGGUGGCGGUCGCUCUUUCCGUUGCUUCCCAGGUACCAGAGCAAGACCGUGUUGCCCUCACUCCAUUUCCAACUCAUAACAAUGCCAAUGGGAUUCGGUGAACUUGACGGCCUCAAAGCCCAAAUAGGAUGAGACGAACGCUGGCCUUUUGGCUCAAGAGCUUGGCGGGAGGGAAUGGCCACAAAAAUGCUACCCGAAAGGAGAGGGCCACUUCUAUGAAAUCAGCCUAAAAAAGGACCCCCCCCCCCCCCCC